UCAAGCAGCAGAAACAUCAAAACAAACGAUUGUCCGUCCGUGCAAUUAAAAUUUGCUCGCAGCGAACACAAUAUUAAACUCAAAAUAUGAGCAGCGACGAAAAAGACAGCAGCGAUGAAUUGUGGGGAAAAAUUCAGGAAAAGCGCGAUAUCCACAAGGCCGAAGUUGAGCAGGAAACUAACCCCAGCCGGAAGCAGCUCAAGUCCUGGCUGAAUAAAACAUUCCGAGUUAAGAUGACCGACGGGAGGAUACUGAUCGGAAUGUUCGUCUGUACGGACGCUGAUGCGAAUGUGAUUCUGGGAUUAACCAGCGAAUUUACGGAAAACGAAGGCGAAGAACGGGUGCUCGGACUAGUCAUGAUUCCUGGCCGGUACAUCGUUUCAAUUGAAAUCGAUGAAGUUGAUGUAGAUUAAUUAGGCUAGACCUUAGGACGUAACUUAUUUGAACGAUCUAAAUAUAUUUUUUUAGUUUGCUAAGUACAACAAAAAACGAA